AUGAAUUCUCUCAUAAAAUUCCUUGUUAGCAAACCCAAGCGAUGCUGGAUACUGAUAGGCUGUGGGUUUGCCUUCCUCACCGUAUACUGUGCUACGACGAGCCACGCCAAAAUUGAUCCAAAGACAGUCGCUGGAAUCUGGCUUUUCGACGAAGGUAAUGGGAAAAUUGCCGAAGAUUUGUCCGGGAACGGCAACGAUGGCGAACUCAAAGAAGGCACAAAAUGGGAAGACGGACAAUUUGGGCAAGCCGUUAUAUUCGACGGAAAAGAUGAUUACGUCGAAAUCGCGCCCUCACCUCUGUUCAACCCAGAGGUGUUCACAGUCACUUUCUGGAUGCAUCCGACGGCUGUUGGGGGCAACAAUCCAGGAGGUAAGGGCUCAGCAACCCUUGUCAUUGCAAAUGGUAAUCCGGGGGACGGUGGGGGCGCGAAUUGGUGGUUUGAGUUCUGGAACGGCGGCAACUUUGAGUUCAAAAGUUGUCAGGCGGGUUGUGCCGCGGCGAACACACCCGUGAAUAAACCAGACGAAUGGUAUUUUGUCGCUGGUAUCUACAACGGCACGGAGUACGAACUCUACAUUGAUGGCGAAUUUAAGGCAAAGGGACCGAAUAAAGUCGGGGCACCCGAAAAAGGCUUACUCAUCGGAAGUGGACUCUGCCCGGCAGGCCACGGAUGUGACGGUGGCUACUUCAAAGGCAUCAUCGACGAUGUCGCGAUGUUCAGCGAUGCCUUGAGCGAGGCAGAUCUGAAAACGCUCAUGGAAGAAGGUGUGGGUAAAGUUCUUGGCGUUGCUCCAGUAGAACCUACCGACAAAUUAGCAACAAUGUGGGGCAAUUUGAAAAUGCGCUAA